UGUAGAUGCCGGGCACAUCUGCAUCUGCAUUGGGUAGGCAGGUCAUAUCAAUGCCAGUCACCAAGCGCAGGCGGGUGAGGAAGGCAUGCAUUCCGUGCCAUCAGCGCAAGCGAAAAUGCGACACCGUGUAUCCUUGUGGGAUGUGCUCCACCCACGGCUACAACUGCACCUACACCUACACCGACCACCGUCCUCGGCCACCAGCCCAGGGCACAAACCUCGAGCGUGACGAUGAAACCCCCAACCGGGUUCAGAUCGAGCCAGUUCCCUCGCCAUCCCGAGGUCCCCUUCACGCCGUGGCUGGGGGGCCAUCUCCCGGCAUCUUUGACGAGCAAAAGUUUCGAUACUCGGGGGCAUCAGCGGCCAUGGCAUUCCCGCAUAUUCUGGGCGUGGCCCUGGGCUCCGAAAACCCCCCGAAGAUGCGGUCGUUUGCUUACAACUUUGGCGUUCGCCCCGAAGAAGCAUCCAACGCUCACGGCUUCCUGGGGGACCUCAUCUCGGAGGAAGACCUUGGCUGCUUCUCGAGCAUGUACUUCUCCGUACUGGGUCCCAUCGGCGACGUGAUUGACCCUACCACCUACACUCAGCGGUGCUGGGACUAUUACCGUAGUUCCGGCAACAAUCCAGUCGCCUUUGCUGCUGUGGCCGCCGGCGUGGCGGCCCUUGGAUCCUUCCUAUCCCCCAGAAGACACCCACGGGAGUCGGACCUGGUGCAAUACGCCAAGGCUAUUCUCGAUGAUCCUUCCUCCAUGCGUCUGCAUGGCAUCGACCACAUCGUUGCUUGGGGUAUGCGAGUCUUUUAUCUCCGAGCCACGACCCGGCCCAGUAAUGCUUGGAUCGCUUCGUGCACACAGAUGCAUCUCUGCGAGGCCAUCGGCCUGCAUGAGGAAGUCACCAUUAAGAGGAUGGCCUCCAUGGCUAGCGCCGCCGUCCUCGGUCAUAGUGCCGACCGUCUGCGCAGAAUCUUCUGGGUCUCGUGGGCUGGGCAUAACAUCUUGUCAUACGAGUACGAUCUAUCCUCGGUCGGAUACCGGACCGUGACUUGCCAGCCCAUCAUCUCCGUGCCAGGGUCCGUGGCUGAUCAGUUUGUACAACUCGCUCACAUCAUUCCUUCGCCCAAUGCAGCGUUGAAGUACAACACACAGCCGUCUAGUUCCACACAGGAGCUAUAUUAUCGCCUCAAAGUCCUGACUGAGUUCAAAGUGACACAUCCGUUCCUGGUGGUGACGAAGGCGGAUCUUGCGUUUUGCUUUUACCGACGGCUCUACCAACUCAAGACCCAGAUACCGGACGAGAUCAUCAAACUCGUCAUUGACAGUGGCAGCGCCGCAGUGGAGGCAGCUAAGAAGCAAGCUGACCAAGGUCAUCUGUUCUGGAACGCGAUUGGCAGCGUCUUCCAAUACUGCUGCAUCCUGUUGGCCAUUGACACCCCGGUAGCUUUCCCCCACAUUGACGGGGCAUUUAAGGGCUUGGAGCACCUUGUCAAGGCUGCCGAUACCGGACUGACGCGGGAAGCGUUGUCGAUGGCGCGGCACCUCCUCGGCCUGACCAUGACCAAGAAGCGAAAGGAACUGGCUCAGUUGGAAGCUGUCGAGGCAGGUUAUGAGUUUGGUCACACACCGCCGACAUGCGAGGCCAAUCCUGCGAUGCCAGACAUGAGUUGGGAAAUUGACUGGGACCAAUUUUUCAUUGAGCCAUAUUUGUCGAUGCUCGGUCCUGACCUCCCUCUAUGAAGACACCGAUUGAGGGCGAAGUGCAUACCUAGUACCGA